GGUCCCCACAGCACCCACAGCUCAUGGAGGCCCAGCCUCUCCUCCUGCUGCUCGGCCUCUGCUCUGCUGGCCUCAUCCUGGGCUCCGAACAUGAGACUCGUCUGGUGGCAAAGCUAUUUAAGAACUACAGCAGCGUGGUGCGGCCAGUGGAGGACCACCGGCAGAUAGUGGAGGUCACAGUGGGCCUGCAGCUCAUACAGCUCAUCAACGUGGAUGAAGUGAAUCAAAUUGUGACAACCAAUGUUCGUCUGAAACAGCAAUGGGUGGAUUACAACCUCAAGUGGAAUCCAGAUGACUAUGGCGGUGUGAAAAAAAUCCACAUUCCCUCAGAAAAGAUCUGGCGGCCUGACCUUGUUCUGUAUAACAAUGCAGAUGGUGACUUCGCCAUUGUCAAGUUCACCAAAGUGCUCCUGGACUACUCGGGCCACGUCACGUGGACACCUCCAGCCAUCUUUAAAAGCUACUGUGAGAUCAUCGUCACCCACUUUCCCUUUGAUGAGCAGAACUGCAGCAUGAAGCUGGGCACGUGGACCUAUGAUGGCUCGGUGGUGGCCAUCUACCCGGAGAGCGACCAGCCAGACCUGAGCAACUUCAUGGAGAGCGGGGAAUGGGUGAUCAAGGAGUCCCGGGGCUGGAAGCACUGGGUGUUCUACUCCUGCUGCCCCAACACCCCCUACCUGGACAUCACCUACCACUUCGUCAUGCAGCGCCUGCCUCUCUACUUCAUUGUCAAUGUCAUCAUUCCCUGCUUGCUCUUCUCCUUCCUAACCAGCCUGGUGUUCUACCUGCCCACAGAUUCAGGGGAGAAGAUGACACUGAGCAUCUCUGUCUUGCUGUCACUGACCGUGUUCCUUCUGGUCAUUGUGGAGCUGAUCCCUUCCACCUCCAGCGCUGUGCCCUUGAUUGGGAAAUACAUGUUGUUCACCAUGGUGUUCGUCAUCGCCUCUAUCAUCAUCACCGUCGUCGUCAUCAACACGCAUCACCGCUCUCCCAGCACCCACGUCAUGCCCGAGUGGGUGCGGAAGGUUUUUAUCGACACGAUCCCAAAUAUAAUGUUUUUCUCCACGAUGAAAAGACCAUCCAGAGACAAACAAGAAAAAAAGAUUUUCACAGAAGACAUUGAUAUUUCUGACAUUUCUGGGAAGCCAGGGCCUCCUCCCAUGGGAUUCCACUCCCCGCUGAUCAAACACCCCGAGGUGAAAAGUGCCAUCGAAGGUGUCAAAUACAUCGCAGAGACCAUGAAGUCAGACCAGGAAUCCAAUAACGCGGCCGAGGAGUGGAAGUACGUGGCGAUGGUGAUGGACCACAUUCUCCUCGCGGUCUUCAUGCUGGUCUGUCUCAUCGGAACGCUGGCUGUGUUUGCAGGCCGGCUCAUUGAAUUAAACCAGCAAGGAUGAGCUGGUGGCCAAGACCAGCCUGAGCAGACCAAGGCAGGAAGGAGGAGGAUCUGCCUGCUUUGAUACACUCUUUCACCAAGCUCUCAACCUUCUGUACUUCUUAUUAAUGAUGAUGACUUGUAUUUAUCUAAGGUUGGGGCCAGAAGUGUUUUCCCCUUUGCUUUUUCCUUCAGUCCUGCUGUGUCCCCCAGAAGAAUGAACCCUUUUUAGUGAUUGAAACUGCAUCUUCAAAAGAAGUGUUCUUUUCUUUUCUUUCCUCUCCUCUCCUCUCCCCUCCCC